AAACAUUAAUGUCUGUACAUAUAUACUUGUGAUCAAGCUUUACCCACAAUUCUCUUUUUUCUAUUUUCUACUCUCCCCAACUUACCAAUUCCUGUUUUUUUUUUUUUUUUUUUUUUGGUUAUUAUGAUCAUCUGAAUAAUUGUGAAGAAGAAAAAAAUUUACAAAAAAUAUGGAGAUGUACGGACGGUCUACAGGUAGUAACGGGUCACAAUCUGAUCAUCAGUCAGAAGAAACGGGUCUUGAUGGAUCAAUGCAGAGGUUGGGGUUAUAUGGUAGGGAAAUUUACCCAGAAAGGCCAGGUGUACCUGACUGUUCAUAUUAUAUGAGAACUGGGUCAUGUGGGUAUGGUGCCAAUUGUCGCUUUAACCAUCCUUAUGAUCGUGAUCUUGGCUAUGGUGGUAAGAUGCAGUUGGUAGGAGUUGAGUUCCCGGAAAGAUUGGGAGAACCGACAUGCCAGUACUAUUUAAGAACAGGGACCUGUAAAUUUGGUGCAUCCUGCAAGUUCCACCACCCUAGAAACUUGGGUGGAUCCUUGAGCAAUAUACCACUAAAUACUUAUGGAUAUCCGUUACGCACGGGGGAAAUCGAGUGCUCCUAUUAUUUGAAAACGGGGCAUUGCAAAUUUGGUAUAACAUGUAAAUACCAUCACCCUCAACCUGCUGGAGUAUCGGCGCCAGCACCACCUGCACGUCCAUUUUAUCCGACAGUGCAGUCUCUUCCUCCUCCUCCUGAGGAAUAUAACAAUUCAUCAACUGGUCUUAGAGUAGCAAGGCCUUCACUUUUACCUGGGCCAUAUGUACCUAGUGCUUAUGGUCCAGUGCUGAUUCACCCAGGAGUGGUUACCAUUCAGAACUGGAGCCCUUACUCAGGACCAGUAAGUCCUGCAUUAUCUCCUGGUGCCCAACUGUCUGCUGGGAUGACAUCUAUCUAUGGGAUAUCACAGCUAGCAUCUUCUACACAUGCAUUUGCGGGACCUUACUCCCCGUCACUCUCUGCUGCUAGCCCUUCAAGCAAAACACAAAAGGAAAAGGGUUUUCCAGAGAGACCUGGUCAACCCGUAUGUCAAUACUACAUGAAAACUGGGGAUUGUAAGUUUGGAUCAUCUUGUAGGUAUCACCAUCCACCUGAUUGGAUCGUAUCAAAGACAAGUUGUGCUUUCAGCCCCUCAGGCCUUCCUUUGCGUCCGGGGGUGCAGCCUUGUUCGUUUUAUCUACUGAAAGGACACUGCAAGUUUGGUCGCGCUUGUAAAUUUGAUCAUCCUAUGGGAACAGUACAAUAUAGUUCAUCAGUUUCUUCUCUCCCUGAUUUACCAAUUGCCCCCUACAUGCUGCGGUCUUCCUUCACGUUGGCUCCUACUUUGCUGCCAGAGUUACAGGCUGGAUUUGUUUCAGGGUCAAAGAUGGACGCUUCUUUAUCUAGAGCACCUUCUUCAUUGAAAGUACAACUGGUACAGUUAACCUAAUACUCUGAUAUGCAGUUGUCAAGUCGGGGAAGUUCACCAUUGAAUUUAAAGUAAACUCGGAGCACUAUGUAUUAUUCUCUCCUGCUAAUUGUCUGUUAUAAUAUCAGUAGAGAGCUUAAUGUUACUCAAAGUCAGGAAUUGAAGUUUUUGUAAUCCCUCUUUCCCACACUGUUUGGCAUGAAAUUCCCAUUCGUCGAGAUUGAGGCGAAAUCUGUCUUGUGACGUAAUAAUCCAUGCUUUACUUUGAAAUUUCU